AUGGAAUUCUGCCCCGCUACAGAGGGGCCCCCUGUGGGGCCGCCCUCCCCUGUAGGGGGCCCCUCCCCUGUGAGGGCCCCCUCCCCUGUGGGGGGCCCCGCUGGGGGGCCCCGCAGGGGGGGCCCCCCUAGCCGAGGGGCCCUUGUGGCAAUGAAGCCCCUGAGGGAAUUCCCGGGGGUCUCUGCAAACUUCGAUGGGCUGUGGCAAAUAUGGCUGAGACAACAAGAGGCCCUUUCUAUUGAAGAUGUACCCCCCUUGGGGGCUGGGGGGCCCUCUAGUACCCUCCCGGAGGGGGCCCCCCCGGCUAGGCAGAGCGGGGGGGCCCCCUCGGGGGCCCCCCCGGGGGGCCCCCAAAAGGAGGCCCCCGGGGGCCCCCAAGAGGGGCCCCCAGAAACUUAUAGAGUUAUGCUAAAUGCUAGUAAUGCUGAAGACGAGCUUGUCUACGAUGUGUACAAGGAACAGCCCCUCCCGGACCCUGUUGCUGCAGCAGCAGCAGCAGCAGCAGCAACAGCGGCGCCCCCCCCAAGCGUCUACCCCAGCGAAGACCCUCUGGGGCCCCCAGCAACCUGGGGGGCCCCAGGGCCCCCCCCAGUAGACCCUUUUGCUUCUGCUGUGGGGGCCAGCGAGGGCUUUAAUACCUUUUGGGAGAGGAUGCAAAGAAAUAGGGCGCAGCAGUACUACUGA